AUGGCGGCGUCGCGGUCGGGAGACGACGACGAAGACGCGACGACGAACGCGGCGACGCACGCGACGACGAACGCGACGACGAACGCGGCGUCCUCAGACGUAGACGUGCGCGUCCCCGCCCCCGGUGAGGUCUCGCGCUUGACGCAGACUGCGAGCGUGCGCGCGAGAGAAGACGGCGCGGAGGCCAUCGCGUGCUUGACUCGACAGGGCGGGAAAGAUGCGUUUACAUCCGUGGAAGACGCCCGCGAUAGAUUGCUCGCGUUUCACGCGUACGCGGGACCGGAAGACGUUGGGUGGGACCCGAGGUGGAAUCCGAAGCCCGCAAACGGAGGCAACGAAAUAGAGGGCGUGUUGAAACUCGCUCGAGAAGAGGCGUGGACGCGAGACUUGGAAGUGUUCGCCGAGGAAGCGUCCACAUUCGUUGGCGACGUGCGCGCGAUGCUGCCGAAAGUCGAAGAACGACUUGCGGCUUCGGCCGACGGGGCGCCGCUGGACGCAAACGAACGCGCGUUCGUGGAAUCCUUACUCUUACAUCGCGCGCAGCAGAAUGCUCGGGCGGCGGCGAUCGAGCGGGAUAUGGUAUUCGCCCGAGGUGCAGCGCUAGCUCGCGAAAUCAAUACGCUCGAGUCGCAGAUUCGCGAACAGAGCGCUGAGCGCGCGCGCGUCGCCGCGGCGCCGCUAGGAGUGGAUGGAGCCGCGCCGUCCGCUCCCGCGGCCACCGCACCUACGUUCGGUGGCGCGCCGUAG